AUGGAGACAAGUAAGAAUAGAAUAGAGAAACCGAAUUCUUGUGACCAAUCACUGCUUCGAUUUCUUCCAUCGGAAUUGAUCUUCGAAGUGCUCCAAUGGCUUCCAGCAAAAUCCCUAAUGAGAUUCAAAACCGUGUGUAAAUCGUGGCAUUACCUGAUUCGCGACCUGGAUUUCGCCGAAGCCCAUUACUUGUUCUCUCAGGCCAUCCGGCCGGCUGACUCUUCCCAUCUUUUGAUAUUGGUCACCAACCACAACAAUUCCGUAGCAAAGACUAUCUUCCCGGCAAAACCAGAUGGAGUAAUUUCCAAUCGGCUACCAAUGUACAAUUUCGAUUUAAACUAUGGAGUAAAUUGUUCAAACAUUGUCAAUGGUCUAAUCUGUUUGUCCAAAAGCGUUUUCUACAAGCCAAAUCACGAAAAUCAUAUCGAACUCCUCAAUCUCACGACUAAGGAAAAGUUAUCUCUCCCUACGCUUCCGUCUGCAUUAACAUGUUCCUGUGCAAUUCGAUGUUUCUUGGGAUUUGAUCCAAUCGAUAAGCUAUAUAAAGUGUUGGUGUUCUUUGGUUUACCCAAAAGGUUUUUCAUUAUUACUUUGAGUGUAGGCAACCGAGAUGCAGACAUAUCAUCGUCAUCAUGGAGGGGAAUCAGGGGUUUUCCUCAUAUGGAUGUUACCAAACUGAAGCAUGUAUAUGCUGAUGGAGAAAUAUUCUGGAAUGUGCCCGGAGUAGUCGUGAACUAUUUUGGAUUCAGGGAGGAAAGAUUCAGGUCAUUUUGCAUUCACGACAAGGUUCCUUGUCCGAUCAUGACCGAAGUGGAAGGCAAAUUUUCUUUUGUUACACUAGAGACGCAAUAUAUUGGUAAAAGGGAUGUUUGCAAAAUAACAUUGUGGAAACUGAUGAACAAGGACGGCCUAAUCUGGGUUAGCGACACUAUUAAGCUACCGGGGGAGCUUCUUUGGCGCAAAAGGCGGAUUAGCGUUAUUGGCAGUACAAAUACAGGUUAUAAGCUCCUAAUCACAUCAAAGUGUGAUUCGACAUUGGAUAUGUUGAUCUUUUGUGACGUGUUCUGUGAAGUGGGAAAGAAGAAGAAGAAUUGCGAAAUAAAACAAUUGAUGUUCGAGGAUAGUAACGUAGCCAAUCAGCUUUUCAGUACACUACUUUCAAAGGAAGGUGAGAUUGAUGUCAUUCAUCACGUGGAAAACAUUCUUCCUAUGAAUAUCCGACCAGGCCAGAAGAAGGCAGACUAG